AUGGCCAUGGAAAAGGCAAAUGUCACCUCGGUCUCUGAGUUCCUGCUCCUGGGCCUCUCAGAGAACCCCAAGCAACAGCAACCGCUGUUCAUCCUCUUCCUGACUAUGUACCUGGUCACGGGACUGGGGAACCUGCUCAUCUUCCUGGCUAUCGCCACUGACCCCCGACUCCACACUCCCAUGUACUUCUUCCUGGCUAACUUGGCCUUUGUGGACAUUUGCUUCACCUCUACCACCAUUCCCAAGAUGCUGGCCAACCACGUGUCAGGGCACAAAGGGAUCCCUUACGCGGGCUGCCUGACCCAGAUGUUCUUCUUCAUCUGGUUUGCUGGCGUCAAUAGCUUCCCGCUGACUGCCAUGGCCUAUGACCGCUAUGUGGCCAUCUGUCACCCUCUGCACUAUGCCAGCUCUGUAACACCACAGCUCUGCGCUCUGGUGGCUGCAUCCUGGUCUGCAGCCUUCGGGAAUGCCCUGACCCACACCGUAUUAUUGACUCGCCUCUCCUUCUGCACCCACAACCGCGUGCCCCAUUUCUUUUGUGACCUCAGCCCUCUGCUGAAGCUGGCCUGCUCUGACACCUUUCUCAAUAAUGCAAUGGUGUACACUGUGGGCGCCCUGCCCACUGUCACCGCCUUUGUGGGCAUCUUGGUCUCCUACACACGCAUCUUUGCCACGGUGCUGAGGAUCCCCUCCACCAGAGGCAAGCAGAAGGCUUUCUCCACCUGUGGCUCUCAUCUGUCUGUGGUGUCCCUGUUCUAUGGGACACUCAUUGAGGUUUAUUUUAGCCCCACAUCCUCCCACACAGCCCAGAAGGACACAGCCGCUGCGGUGAUGUACACCGUGGUCACUCCCAUGCUGAACCCUUUCAUCUACAGCCUACGCAACAGUGACAUGAAGGGGGCCUUGGGGGCCCUCAUCAAUAGGAAGCCAGUUUUUAUUCAGUGA